GGCGGACGAACAAACACGAGAAGACUUCAAAUAGUGAAAGAGGAUUUUUCUCUUUUCUUAGCGAUUCAAAGAUUCUAAUUCUCAUUUGCCUUAACACCUGCAAUUUUUAAUGAUGAUGGUGGUUUUUGUCAAAUAUAAAAACGUUUUUAAAGCUUUAGCUGCUUUUACUCUUGCACUUUAUAUUCAUCUAUGGCUUACGAAGAUUGACGAUGAAGACUUAAAUGUUAUCCAUGCUAAAGGAAAAGCGAAGGUUAACAAGAAGGAAAGCCUAACAUUUGUAACAUACAACUUGUGGUGUAACUAUCUUGUAAAAAGUGGCUCAAACUAUGUGGAACGGUUUGGCGGUUUUGCAAAAGGUGUCAAGAACUACGAUAUCGUCAUGGUCCAAGAGGCAUUUGUCUUGCGUGUUGGGCCAAUUGAGUUCUCAAACUGUGCUGCUCACUUGGCCGAUGCGAUGAAAUUACAAGGCUUUCAAUACCRGACUAGUAUUGCAGCUUCUGUUCCGUUAACGUUUGGUCAAUCAAAUGGAAUAAUGAUAUUUAGUAAGUUACCACUCACUGGAACAAAGUCAGUUAUAUUUGACAAUGCAAAUAUUGUAGAACGAGUGAAUAACAAAGGAUUUGUUUACACUGAGCUCAAAGUAAAUGGAAGACCAAUGUUUAUUUUUAACACCCACACUGACGCCCAUGGUGAAAAGUACAGGACGGCACAAAUGAAGCAAUUGACAAGUAACAUUAAAAGGUAUCCUCCAACGGCAUACGUUAUUGCUGGGGGAGACUUCAAUAUCAAUCCAAAUAACCCCCCUCUAGAUGGUAAUGAAGAGGAGUACAAAAAGUUGGUUAAAAUCAUGAGCGAUGUCGGUCUGAGACCUGUGUUCACAGAGCGCAACAAGACACAUCUGAAUGGAGGCUGUUACGAUCAUGUUUUUAUCAGUUCUAACAUGGUAGUUUUGCAGAAAAAGGUGAUCAAUUUACUGACAGACAAAGGAGAAAUGGUGUCUGAUCACUUCGGGCUGUUCAUGGAAGUAAAGUUGAAUUGAUAAACAGUCCUUUUCAAACCACAUGUCAUUGCCUUUAGUAUCAUUCCUUUGUUUAACUGUUGCACAUGAGAAGACACAUGAAUAUGGAUACAACUCAAACAAAGAAUCUUAUUCUUAUGAGAAUGACACAUAGUCUGAAAUGGGAAAACAUUGCACCAUAGCCG